AUGGAAUCGUCAGCAGAAGAGUAUUCUGCAUUUGAACAGAAAGUUAGUAGGACAGUGUACUUUCACAACCUGUCGCCACAGGUCACUGAAUCUGUGAUAAGAACUGCUCUUGACCAGUUUGCAUCAGUGAAAAAUGUCAAGUUUAUUCCUAACUAUAUUGGACCAAGCAAUCUGCCUCAGUGUGCGUUAGUAGAAUUAGACUCCGCCAAAAAGGUCAAGGAAAUUGUCUCAAUGGUAGGGCAGUAUUCUUUUAUGAUGUCUGGGAUGCCACGGCCAGUAAGGGCUCAGCCUGCUGUGAUGGAAAUGUUUGAUGAUCGGCCAAUAAAGCCUAACAGAAAGAUAAAGCUCCGGUGGUUGAACCCAGAUGAACCUGAUUUUGAGGUGGCAAAGCAAUUAAAGAAUCUUACACGCAAACAUACUGCAGAAAUAGAAUUCAUACGCAAACUGCAACUAGACGAAGAAGAGAAGCUUGCAAAGCAGCAGGAAGACACGCUUAAAGUGCAUUACAAAAAGUUUAAGAUGAUAGAUGGUAUUAUGGCCGAUAAAACUGCCCAUCGUUUGGCACGAAAGUAUAAUCUGCAUGUUGCAGAUGAAUGA